AUAAUUGAGUACAUUCUCUUUAUAAUUGAGUAUGUUGUGUACAAAAUUAAAAAUAGAGAAGAGCAUAAUAGAAAAUAGAUCAAUCACAUAAGACACCAAGAUUUAAGUGGUUCAGCUUAAAAAACUUACAUUCACUGACGGAAACGACCCGGAGGAAAUUCACUAUUAAAAGGUAGAGUACAAAGAUAACGGGGUGAAAAUCACUCAAAACCCAAAACUCCAAUACACCCAAAUCUCACUCUCAUACAAAAGAGAGAGAAAAAUGACAAAGAAAACUCUCUUCUUCUCUAAGUGCCAUAAGGCACAACAUAGUGAGAAAACCCUAAUGAAAUAUGUGGCUUCUAAUUUUUCUCCCAUGUCACACCUCUUCACGUUGGGCAACACUGCUUUUAUAAGGAGCAAAUUUGGUUGCAGAGAAGCCAAACUUGGCUAGGAGUAGGACAACACCGAAUCCCACUAGUAUUAGGAGUCCAACACCAAUAUGGAAUAGGAGCUCUAAGUCGGCAAAUCAUGUAAAACCAAACCAAGAGAAAAAGGGAUAGUGCAUGGCCCCACCGAAUUGACUUGAGAAAUCAAGUCACACCACAACAGAGUAUUUAAUGGUGGAAAAGUAAGCCAUCCUUUGCACUUCUUGCGAAAAAGAGGUAUCAUAUAAAGGUAAAAUUGGAAAGGGUGACAAACUAAGCAACGGCAUCCUCUCCAUUUCACCUGUCAACAAACUAAAGGGUGAAGCUAAUCUGAUAUAAAAGAAAGCUGCCAUUUAUUGUGACUCAUGUUAGAAGAACAUUCUUGUGGAUGAGGAAAUAGUAUGACACAGAGUCUUGACUUCUGAACAACCAAUUAAAAUGCAUAAUAAACUCAGAUAUUCAGCGAUUGUCUAUGUUAAAUGAAAGUUACCAACGUAUAGGAAUGCGAAAACCAUUAGAUAAGUUCUACUCGUGAUUUCUAUUUGAAUGGUGAGAAAUUCUGUGUAUUUUUUAUGUUAUAAUGUAGGCUUUGUGUCUUUGAUAGUAAAGGCGAAAUUAUUCUUUUUGCUUGGUAAGACUUGAAUCUAAGUCUUACUGACCCCAUCAAAUCUCUUACAACUUGAGCCCAAUCCCAAGUGACUUUAUACCUAUAUUAGAAAAUGGCUUGAAAUUCUUUAUUGGAUAUAUCUUUAAUUCCAUGUUUAUUCUUCUUGUUACUUAUUUCAUAAUCAUUAAUCACGUUUCACUACUAUUCCAGCAUGCUUUUGUUUUGCGUUUAUCAUUUUUAUUUGCUUUGUCCAGCUAAAGUCUCUCAAUUAUGAUACAUUGCUUUAUCAUGUUCUUAGGUUCUAACAUAUGCACCAGAACUCCUACCGACUAUUCCUAUCUUCAAUAACCUAAUGUAUUUGAAAUUGGAGUGGGGAAAUCUUGAUUCUGGAGCACUAUUGAAGAUAUUGCAAAACUCUCCCAAUCUUGAGAGGCUGAAAUUUUCAGAGGAGAUUGAUGAGUGCUCUGAUUAUAAUAAAGAUGAUAUACUAUUGGAUCCUAUGCCGCCAUGUUUCUUGUCCACUCUCGAGUGCAUUGAAGUCGGUAAUUAUGAUGGAUUUGAGAAUGAACUUGCUGCUGUAAAGAUUUUACUCAAGAAUGCAAUGGCCUUGGACGAAAUGGUUAUAACUUUUAAAGAGUGUGAUGCAGGAAACUUCGAGAUGCAAGAAAAACUAUACAAACAGUUAAUAGAGUUCGCUAUAGGGUCACAAAAUUGUAAAAUCAUUUUGAAAUGACUUGUUUUUUGGAAUACUUACUCUUCGGAAAAGCCUUUAAUUCCUGGUUUUUUGGAAGAUUUAAAAGUAUGACUUGUUAGCCUUUUACCCUACCUAGGCAACUUGAUGUUGGUUUAUGUUCUUUGUGAAAAUUAGUUUUGAAUACUCCAAACUUGUAAAGCUUAUGCUAAUUUCAUAUGUUCAGUGUUUUUUGUUUCUUUU